AUGGCGACUACCGUCCUUGCCCCGGCGCGAGCCACAGCGGCAGUCCUUGAUGCAGAUGACUCAAACAGCGUCCCUCUAGUGCACUGGUCAUCAAAAAAUCAUCGUGCCGAUUCUAGGCUCCAGAGCCUCCUGCAUCCUGGACAGACCCUUAGUAAUGGACUUUAUGAGGCUCAGGACGUCGGUCUGUCCCGGACCAGGGCGAUUACACUCAUCGCAACGCUCACGGGUAUCACAUUCGUGGGCAGUAUGAGUGGUGGUCUAUUGACAAUUUGUCUACCGUGGAUUGCGGCAGAUUUGAAUCUUCCAGAUAAUCUGUUGCUCUGGCCCGCCUCGGUUUACUCCCUUGCAAAUGGAUGCUGCCUGCUACUAGCCGGAUCGAUGGCAGAUUUCAUAGGUAACAGGAUUAUCAACCUGAUUGGUUGUACCCUACUAUGUGCCUUUAUCCUGGCCUGCAGUGUUGCCCAGAGCGGUAUUCAGAUGAUUCUGUUCCGCGCCUUCCAGGGUAUCGCGACUUCUAUGUGUCUUCCCACAGCUUUUAGUAUUCUGACGGAUACGAUGCCUGCUGGGAAGCGGAGAAAUAUCGGAUUCGCUUGCCUGGGCCUUGGCCAGCCGUUCGGAUUCUCCGUCGGCCUGGUGUUUGGCGGUCUAUUUCAAGGGUCAUCACUUGGCUGGAGGUUUGGGUACUACCUUUGCACCGGCAUUACGGCCAUCCUCACUGUGGUCAAUUAUUUCAAGUUGCCUCAGGAUAAGCCACGCGAACCUUUCACGUUCCAGCGUUUACGGUCCGAAAUUGACUGGGUGGGAAUCGUGCUGUCCAGCUCUUGCCUAGGAAUUAUUUCCUAUGUUUUUGCUGUCAUUACCGAUAAUCCAUCCAACAUUCACCACCCAGAAAACAUUGCCUUGUUAUGUGCCGCUACCACAAUGAUACCUGCUUUCUUGGGUUGGAUGAGCUGGCGAGAGAAGAACGGGAAAUCAGCUCUGAUUCCUAACUCUCUGUGGAAGAAUACUGCAUUUGCUUCGAUUUGUGUGAUGGUUCUCCUUUCAUGGGCUGUCCUGAACGGCACUGAAACAAUUCUCAGUCUUUUCUUCCAAGAGGUUCAAGAACUAUCCGCUCUUCAGGCUGCUCUUCGGUUCCUACCAAACGUCAUCAUUGGAAUUGUCCUAAACCUUGGAACUGGAUUACUGGUGCAUCGUCUCCACGCCAACUAUCUUGUGCUCGUGACAACAGUUCUGAGCGCUGGCUCUCCGUUACUUCUGGCUAUCAUUGAUCCGAACUGGUCAUGGUGGUACUGUGCUUUUUGGGCUGUCCUUCUGGGCCCUCUAUCGGCAGACGUGAUUUUCACGGUCGCCAACUUGAUCAUUGCCGAUUCAUUCAGUCCAAAGACCCAGGGCCUCGCUGGUGCCGUCUUCAAUACCAUCGCGCAGUUCGGCACGUCCAUUGGACUGACAGCUUUCGCGAUUAUCUCGGCUAGCGUGACGCAGGAUUCUAGUUAUACCAACAAAAGCUCGCCUGACGCUCUGAUGACUGGAUAUCGGGCUGUCUUCUGGACAUGUUUUGGGUUGAUGAUGGCUGCUUCUGCUAUCGGUGCUUGGGGACUGCGCAAAGUGGGCAAGGUUGGGCUGAAGCGGGAGUAA